AUGACUUAUCCUACUGAGAUAGAUGGAUAUGACGAGGCGAGUGCGACGGCUUUGUUCGCUGAUCAAGCUUUAUCUCUGUUGUCGAUCUUCUGUCAUCAUGUAGGAAGCGGAUCGAUCUCAGAUUUAAAUCCUUCCAAAAGAGAUAACAUUAUCGUGAAUUUCAAUGAUCAAGAGAAAGGUGAAACAGUGGUGGCAUGUCAAUUCGCUAAUUUGGUAAUCGAUACUUUCCUCGGAGGUGUACUAUGCGUACAGAUGUACACUUAUUUCCGGUACCAAGGUGAUGAUAAAUGGUGGACUAAAGCGCUCGUCAUUUGGGUAGGGGCUAUGAACCUUGCUAUCACGAUCUUCACUUGGAUCUACAUGUCAUACCUCUUUGUGGCCCACUUCGGUCAAUGGUUACCAUGGCUCGAAGUUCGAUGGCUUAUGAUGAUGCCGACUUUUGAUGGGUACUUUCGUACUCUAUCCCGUGGAAUUUUGACCGAGAUUUGUCGAAGCAGAGAUAUUUAUGGAUCUAUAGGACGAUCAGCUGACAGCCUAUCCAAGCUUGGUUCGCAUGGAGAGCUUUUGAGUACAGCAGCAUUUGUCUGUGGGAUCGGUGAGACCAUCGAAUUUGGAAAUCAGCCUUCUCUCCUCGGAGCCUCUCAUUCUGGAGCUUGGUUGAUCAUUUUUGGGUCAUGCACCACUGCAGCGGACGUCCUGAUAGCCGUCGCUAUCAUGUGGGCACUGGUUCAUUCCAAGACUGGAUGGUAUCAGACUGAUAAGACCAUCACACGUUGGAUUCGACUCACUUUCGAAGCUCAACUCCCACCGACUGUCUUAGCUCUAGCUUACGUUAUCGAGUGGUCCCAAACACCUGAUUCUCUACUCGGAGCUUUACUCAUCGCACUGGAGGGGAAAGCUUACGGAGUGGGAUUGUUAUAUUCCCUCAAUGCCAGAGUUUCCAUGAGGUCUAUGGCCGUCCCUUCUGAUCGUAUGACCCAUCAACCUCAAGUAUUUGGUCAAAAUACUCGAUUGGGUCCUACGGAGAUUCAUGUCGAAGUGGAGACGGAGACUUAUGUUCAUGGAGAAAGACAGAGGAAAGACGAUUCUUCUUCUUUGGAAUUAGGAAGGGAUCAAUAUGCGCUCAACGAAUUGACUGGGAGUCAAGCUCGUUUGACGGAUGAGAAAUCCAUGGUUUAA